UUUCAUAGACCGAUAAACGCUCUUAUUUUACCUUUUUCAUAUUUACAACUUCUUUUUUCAUAAUACGCUGAAAGUAACAUGAAAUCUAGUGAGAUGGGUAAAAAGCGGAAGCAGCCGGAGGAUGUUGCAGGCACGCCGAAUCCGCGGCACCCGAAGAAAUCCAAGAACCAGAUCGAUGAGCUGCAGCUGGGUUCGCUGGCGGUGGAGCUGGAUUUCGCCAAGAAGCUGGCCGCCAACGAGAAACUGCAGCGCGAUCGGGCCAUGCGCAAUCUCUUCCGCUGGCUGCAGUCGCAGUGCCAGCAGGGAAAACGAUUCUCCAAGAACGAGUUGAUGGUGCUGUGGAAGGGAUUGUAUUAUUGCCUGUGGAUGGCCGAUAAACCGCUCGUUCAUGAAGAGCUGGCGGAUAAAAUGGUGAGUCUGCUGAAAUGCUUCGCGGCGCACAAGCUCAGCGCGGUGAAAUUCCUGGACGCCUUCUUCCUGACCAUCAGCCGGGAAUAUUCCCGCAUCGACCGCUUCCGACUGGAUAAAUUCCUCAUGUUGACGCGGCGGAUGUUCCGUGGGAUGGUGGUGUGGCUGCGGGAGACGGGCUGGAGCAGUCGGUGGACGGAGCACGUGUGGCUGGUGCUGCGGCAGAACGUGCUGUCGGGCGAGAGCGGCGUGUGUGCGGAAGGUCUGCAGAAUUUCCUCACGGAGAUCUUCCUCACCGAGCUGGAAGCGACGCUGACGGAGGAUGGCGAGGAGGACGCCACCGCCGGCGACGCCAGGCGGGAGUGUGUCGACGGGCUGUUCCGGGUGUUCUGUGAUGUCCUUCUGGAUGCCGACACGAUGUUUCUGCGCAACGCCGUGCAGCGGAAUCUCCUGAAAUCCAGCGCGGCCACCUUCCCACGUGUUCACGCCCUCCUCUCCCGGGAGGCGGUGGCCACGUACGCCCUGCAGUUGGGCCAGAAUCCGCACUGUCCGGUAAAGAACCGCCGAGCAUUAUACACCGUCCACACCCACUUCCGGCGCCCGGCGGCGGCCGUCGCCAGCGACCAGGAUGAAGUGGAAGACGAAGAUCCUGUUGCGCCGUGAUCGGCGCUUCAUUCGCCUUUAUCUUGAGCAUUUUUGCGGCGGAGUAUUGAGUUGUCGGUGUGAAUGGCGCGUAGCGGCCUGGUUUAAAUAAAUACAUCAUUAUACAUGUGAAAAUUGCCGAAUAAUUCGCCCGAUUUAUU